GGAACGGCGAGCUCAUGGAACGCCAUCUUUAAACCCCAACAGAGGCCAACUACGCUACCAGUAGAUGAACCGGGAUGAAAAACACUGUCCCUCCUCCGCCGGACUAUUUCCACCCUCAGCGGGGUAGCGGGGCGAACCGUGCGCUCUCCCGCCACUUCGAUGAAUAACGGGGGCGCCGUGCCAUGGGAGCGAGCAGACGAGAUGAGCCGACGCGGCUUUGCAGGCUUUUAAGACAGUUGUCAUCAUAGGCGGCCAACAACAAUAGGCGGAAAGACAACAACAACGGACUAGCAUGCUAACGUGCUAAAGGCUAACAUUAGCCGCUACGUCGGUGAAAACAAAUCGAAUUGAGAUCAACUUGAACCGGACGCUUCCCGCGGAAGGCACGGCGACGUUGAACUCACAGGGGAACCCGAGGGACAAAUUGUCAUUAUUGACCUCCAAAAUUAAACCUGGAUAUACAUUUUUUUUUCAAUUUUAACUUUUGGUUUUGCUUGUGGCAUAAAGUAGCUCCGCGCUAAAGCCCCGGCUUCUUCUCCCCCUUCCCAAGCGGCCCGGCCGGAGAUGCGUGGAAGAUGUCGGUGUCGGGGCUGAAGGCCGAACUGAAGUUUUUGGAGUCUAUUUUCGAUCCAAACCACGAACGAUUUCGGAUUAUCGACUGGAAGCCCGACGAGCUGAGCUGUCAGUUCAACGUAACUGGGGAGAAGCUGCUGAUUAUUCACUGCAACAUAACGGAGUCAUAUCCAUCAACACCACCUAUUUGGUUCGUGGACUCUGAUGAUCCGAGCUUGGCACAAGUUUUGGAGCGUCUGGAGGAUGUGAGAAAAGGCAGUACCUUGCUGUUACAGCAGUUAAAGAAGCUGAUUUGUGACCUCUGCCGGCUGUACAACCUUCCCCAGCAUCCUGACGUGGAGAUGCUGGACCAGCCGCUGCCUGCCGGCCCUGUUGGACAGGACCGGAAGCAUGGGACAGAGGAGGUCACAUCAGAAGAGGAGGAGGAGGAAGAAAUGGGAGAGGACAUUGAGGACCUGGACCACUAUGAAAUGAAAGAGGAGGAGCCUGUAGAAGGCAAGAAGUCUGAAGACGAUGGCAUCGAGAAGGAGAAUCUGGCCGUCCUGGAGAAGAUCAGGAAGAACCAGCGGCAGGACCACUUAAAUGGGGCCGUGUCUGGUUCUGUGCAAGCCUCGGACCGCCUCAUGAAGGAACUCCGAGAGAUCUACAGGUCUCAGAGUUACAAGACGGGCAUCUAUUCGGUGGAGCUGGUCAACGACAGCCUGUACGAAUGGCAUGUCAAACUACGAACUGUGGAUCCAGACAGCCCCUUACACAGCGACUUACAAGUCUUAAAGGAAAAGGAAGGAAUGGACUACAUUUUACUAAACUUCUCCUACAAAGAUAACUUCCCUUUCGAUCCUCCAUUUGUGCGGGUUGUGUCACCUGUGCUGUCUGGGGGCUAUGUUCUUGGAGGAGGUGCCCUGUGCAUGGAGCUUCUCACCAAACAGGGUUGGAGCAGUGCCUAUUCAAUUGAGUCUGUCAUCAUGCAGAUCAAUGCCACUUUAGUCAAGGGAAAAGCCAGAGUCCAGUUUGGAGCUAAUAAAAACCAGUACAAUCUAGCCAGAGCACAGCAGUCCUACAAAUCUCUGGUUCAAAUCCACGAAAAGAACGGAUGGUACACACCUCCAAAGGAGGAUGGGUAAAGAUUAGUUGUUGGUUUUUUCCUCCUCCCUGCUCUCGAUUUGUUUUUUGUGACCAACUUUUUUUUUCUUUUUCAAACUUUUUUUUUUUUUUUUGCGCAAAUGGUUUUGUGAACGAGCCAAAAUUAUUCAUCCAUUGACCAACCAACCAGAAUCAAGCACAUAAGAAAAUAUACCACCCCACUGCUUUGGAUGUCGAUCCUGCCGUCACAUAUUUAUCUCCCAAUGGAAGCGGUGGACGAAAUAAUUCCGCUGACGUCGUCCAUCAUUGAGGCUCAUUUUUAAUGGGACGGUGCCUAGUUGGCCACAGAACCUGUCUUGGCCCGCACCACCAUAGCGGUGCCCGAACAGCGUCUCGACGGACCAACCACCUAUGGCGACGCCAGCUUGACUCUGGACAUCUUUUUAAAGCCUGCAGGCCUCUGAUGAAAAGAACACAGACACAUUUCCUUUGUCACCUUGAGCCAGGUGUCGAGAAUUCGACAAAGAAAAAUGGACCGAACCGGUCGGCAUCAGCUCACACUGUAAUCUAGUUGAUUUUAAUGCCACAGUGUAAACAUGUACAUUUGUAUUUCUGCAAGAGGAUGUUUAUAAUGUAACCCCCGUCCCGGCCCCUUGAGACUGGACACACUCGUGUGGGCCGCGACUAUCAACAGCAGCUUCCCUCUUGGAAUGAACAAGCUGCGACAUGAAUACUCUUGCAUAAGGAAAGUAAAGUAUGCCAUAUUCUUAUGUAAGCCUAAUGACUACUGCAGUUUUUUUUCUUUUUGAUAUUAAUUUGUCAUCCAGGUGACAAUAGCCUCUUUUACACACAAAGCCUGAAAAAAAAUGCUGCCUGCAUCGAUGCCACAACAGAAGAUGAGACAUUAAUGAGAAAAGCUGUCAGUGAAAACUUGACUCCAUCUGUCCAAAAGUUUCGGAAUACCUUUGCUAUCGCACUUCUAUCACGGCUCGCAUAUUACCUUCAAUUGCCGAGAAUCACAGCGUUGAUGUCAUCCCCACUUUUCUGGGUGGCUCCCGUUCAUCCUGAACAGAGAUACAUGGUGGGAAAAAAACAAUAGCUUUUGCAGGCAGUGUAAAAGGGACCAUUGACUCCUUUUGUUUGGUGGCGCCUCUUUGUCACAGCUGUCACUGGCAUUCCUGAAGGUUUUGCCGUUUUGGGUUUUUUUUGGGGGGGUUUUUUUUUUUUUUGGUCAUUCCUUUAACCGGAUGAACCUCAGUCAGGCUAUGCAUCGAAUCGUCAUUUAAUCGGGCCGCUUAGUUCUCACAAUCCACAAUGCCAAUCCUUUCUUUGUGGAUGUCUGAAGGUGGGAAACAAAAGUGACCUUCCGUAUUCGUUUUCCUCAACUCACAGCAAUAGUCAGAACUUUACACCUCACUACUACCAUCACGGAAACUCCUUACGCAUCAGUGAUGUCAAGUGUUUCCUGUUUUGUGUUCAUUCCACAUGCACUCCCAUCAUGGGUGUUCAAUUGUGCCACAAGCUUUGUUUUAAAGUAGGACAUGCUAAAAGACAGCAUAGGAACCUUCAUCACAAGGUUGUGUUCACACUUUUGGUUAGGGCCGUGACGGCCACAAAAGUGGGUCAAAUAUUCUGGGCAAUCAAUGUCGUUUUGUGACCGAACGAGCACACCAAACUAUUGAGUGUGAACACAACCGUAAUUCCGUCAUCCCUAUGAAAAAAGACAACAAAACAUCAGCUGCCGCUCCUUGUGUCAUCAGAAGUGGUCAUUUUCCAAAACGGCAUCGACGCAAUCAGUAUUCAUGCUGAUAUCCUGUGGAGGGUUGGUGCAAACUCAGGAACACAUCCCACAAAUGUAGCUACAGAUCUUCAAAAUAGCAUCCUGAUCAUUGCUGUGCAUGUGGAUCGAUCCGAACUCCUCAAAGUUACUGAACGGCAAAGCGAGGCCAUGUUAGGUGGAAACCCAGCAUCUGUUUUUUGGCAACACAAUCGCCAUUGCUCCAAGGCUUCAACCACAAUAUUUUCAUCUCAUUCAGGUGGUCUAUCAUUUUUCAAAGGCAACAUCAUUAACACAGCAACUAUUGCAUCUUGGCACUUGGCAGUGGUUUAGUGUUGCCCUGCGUGUGGAACCAGGUUAGAUAACGUUCCAAUUUCCAACCCAACAUUUAACCUUUUACCUUUCCGAUGAUUGUUAACCAUGAGUCUGGUGUGCACUGUAAGCGGCUCCCCUCCUUAGCCCGACAAUUUCCAAGACCGACGUCGAUCCAAAGGCGGACGUGACGCCGGAUCGAUUAUGUUCCAUUCACUGCGAUUGUCCCCUGGCUUCUUAAGUUAUGCACUGGUUAGCAUGCUUUGUAUUUGGUUAGGAUUUUUUUUUUUUGUCGUUACCCCCAAGGGUGAAUUUGACCAUGUAAAAUAAUUUGUGAACUUGCAUCAAGUUUAUGAAUAAAGAAUUUUAUGAAAUA